AAGAUUUUUAAGAAUGUUGUAGUAGCUUCGCGAAUAAUCUCAGGUCUUCUAUAAAACCAAACUAGCGAUUAGCCGACUCUUCCUCUUUAUUAUUACAAAGACGAAAAGGCUUCGAGUUUUGUAAUUUCUUCUUCUGUUACAAGUUCUUUUCACUGUGAAAGUAAUUCUUCAAUGGCGAAAGACGGACCUAAUUGGGAUGGUUUGCUUAAGUGGAGUCUCUCUCACGCCGACGGUACUCGACCCACUCGCCAGUUGAGGUAUCUGUGUGGCUAUGAUUGAGCUUUCACUUGAGGAGAUGAAUCUUAUGAGUGAAUUCGAAUCUGGGUUUGUUUAAAGUAGUUUUCUUUUUUGAAGAUAUCUGUUCAGUUCAUCGGUUUGGUUAAGAUUCAAUUAUCGAAUUCUGCUGUUAUGUAGGUGAAAGGUUAUCUAUUUUCUCGUUUUUACAUGAAACUCUGUUAAUUUUUUUUAAGGGAAUUCACGAUUUGUUCAUGUCAAAUCAUUCUGUAUGUGUUUUAUUGUGGAUUGUUUUGUUGAUUUGAGUUGUUUUAAUGAGACAGUGAGGAGGAUCGAAAAUGGUUUAUGGAGGCUAUGCAAUCGCAGACUGUAGAUGUAGUCAAACGCAUGAAGGAGAUUACACUAGUUAUGCAAACACCUGAACAAGUUUUGGUGGAACAUGGAGUAACACCUGAAGAUAUCCAAGAUUUGCUGGAUGAGCUGCAAGAGCACGUUGAAUCGAUCGAUAUGGCUAACGAUCUUCAUUCAAUUGGAGGCUUGGUUCCUCUUCUUAGUUUCCUUAAAAACUCUCAUGCUAAUAUUCGGGCAAAAGCUGCGGAUGUCGUUAGCACAAUAGUUCAGAACAAUCCUAGAAGUCAGGAACUUGUUAUGGAAACCAAUGCUCUGGAGUCAUUGCUCUCGAAUUUCACUUCAGACACUGAUAUUCACGCUCGAACCCAGGCUCUUGGCGCAAUAUCAUCUUUGAUUCGCCAUAACAAACCAGGAGUAACGGCUUUCAAGCUUGCCAAUGGUUAUGCUGGCCUAAGAGACGCCUUGGCAUCUGAUAGUGUGAGAUUUCAAAGGAAAGCCUUAAACUUGUUGCAAUAUCUACUGCAAGAGGAUGAUUCAGACCGCAGUAUUGCCACUGGACUUGGAUUCCCCCGAGUGAUGAUGCAUCUUGCCUCUAGUGACGAUGCUGAGAUCAGAGAAGCCGCUCUUCGUGGAUUACUUGAGCUUUCAAGAGAGAAAAACGAUGGAAGUAGCAGCAUAGAUAAAAGCGAUGAGAAACUGAGGCAGCUACUAGAAGAACGGAUCAAAGGAAUCACCUUGAUGUCACAAGAGGAUCUUGAAACGGUUAAAGAAGAGAGACAGCUCGUGGAUUUACUGUGGAGCAUUUGCUACAAUGAACCUUCUUCUCUGAGAGAAAAAGGACUUGUCGUUCUUCCCGGUGAAGACGCAUUGCCUCCUGAUGUCGCUAGCAAGCUCUUUGAGCCUCCUCUUAGAGCUUCUGCAGCAAACCGUAAUGCUACUGAGAAGAAAGAUGAACCUAUGAAACUACUUGGACCAUAGACGAGAAAUCAAAGCUAAAACUUUUUAUUACUUUUCCUUGUUUUUUAUGUUUUGUAACUUUUCAAAUUGUCAGAAAAGUUUCAUAGAUAUAUGUAUUAUGUCAAUGAUCAAGGGCUAUGUUAUGUUAAUUUUUGUUUUCAUCAUUCGAGAUCUUUAGUCUUGUUAUUGUUGAGAUUAAGAAUAUUCAGCUUCAAUGCUUUUUC